AUGCUGACCAAUGACGGGCAGGAUGGGCAGAUCGAUGGGUUCAAGGUGCUCAACGUCAACAUGGUCGACUUUGCCAUCCCCACCAAUUACACGUUCGUCGAUCAUCUGGGAAGCAGUAAUUAUGGGAAUGUCAUGUAAGUCUUGCAUCUUUUUCUUGGUAAUCUUACAAUAAGUGUUAGUUGGAAUUGUUUGGUUAAAUUAAACGUUUCAUUACUGCUUAUCUAUAUACAAUCCGAUUCAAAAACGAGCCUGUUUAUCCAUUAUUUUAAUUAUAAUCCGAAUUGGCCGAAAUAUCAUGAUGACCGAAAACUUUCGAAAAAGAAACAAUUUUUGCAAUUUUAUUUUGUUUUUUUUGUAAUCUCGCCAUUUACGUCAUAUAAUUCCCGCACAAGUCAUCCACACCCAUCUCUUGUUCUGUCGUAUUCAUCAAUGCCUAGUAAAAUAUGCAUUAAUCUUGUUUUAGAAAGGUCCGACGAACGGAUGGCCAAGAGUUUGCCAUAAAGAAGAUGUACGAACCUUUCCGGAACCCGAUGGAAGCGCGGAGGGUCUACCGGGAACUCAAAUUACUCCGACUUCUCAACCACGACAACGUCAUUCGUUUUGUUGGGGCCUAUACACCUGACACUGACAUCAACAACUUGAAGAAUGUGUGGGUGUACUUAGAUAUUAAUGCUCAAAUUACAUAUUACUUUUGGAUUGAGCUGGAAAAGAAUGUUUAAUUCAUUUUCAGCUUUAUUGUCACCGAAUAUGCGGGAGUCAGUCUAAAGUAUGUGUUGGAUCGACAGAAGUGCAAUGACAUAAGGCUAAUUAAUGAUGACCAUAUCAAAUAUAUUAUCUAUCAGCUGCUCCGAGCUCUGAAGUAUCUACAUUCCGCAGAUGUAAGUGGAUUCUUUUGAUAAUGAUUUUGUGUACUAUCAGUCUGUCGGGAAAAUUCUGUGGCUUUGUCGUAGCAAAAUUUCUCGCCUCGUCACAGUUACGCAUCAAAUCUCCAGCCACGGUUAGCCGUCGCAAAGCGGCGAUGGGCGAUUUCAAGGCACGAUGAAUCCACAUUAUUUUCCCGACGGACUGAUUAUAAGUACCGUAAUACUAGCCAAAUUCUGCGAUCCUGGUCUCAUUUCUUUCACUGCACUGUGCAGACUCCAAAAAUUCAAAAUCCGCACUGUGCAAAAAGUUUUCCCAAUUGGUCUUUUUGCAGUUCGUGAUUAAAUUGGAUAUGAACAGCGCAGCUGAAUGAAUUUUCGGAGGCCGGUACAAUUUUUCCUGUUUGUUCCUACUGUAUUUUAGGUAAUCCACCGAGAUUUGAAGCCUUCGAACCUCGCUUUAACCGAAGAAUGCGAUCUUACUGUAGUCGACUUUUGUCUAGCCAGAACUCUGUCGAAUAACGAUGUCGGAGUAAGUGUAAAAAGUCAAUUGCUUUAACAAAUACCUUCAGCUGACCGCUUAUGUAAUAUCUCGAUGGUACCGAAGCCCUGAGGUAAUCUACUGGAACCAUGUUAGCUACAAUUUCAAAGCCGACGUCUGGUCGGUUGGCUGUAUUUUAUCUGAGUUAUUUACUGGGAAAGUGGUAUUCAAAGGGUCUGAAGGUCAGUUAGGCACAUAAAAAAGUGUUUUAUUCAAGAUUUAUUUUCUGUAUUGCCAUGUAAAAUAUAAUAUGUAUCAAGUUCAUGAUAAUAUUUGCAGCUAUCGAGCAAUAUCGAUUGAUCGUCAAUCUCUGUGGAAGUCCAGACGCGGAAUUGAUGGAUAAAAUCGAGACCCAGAACAACUCAUCGAUGAGGAUGGUGGUCGAAGCCCUGGGCGGAGGAUGUGUUCGACAGGACUUCCGGAAAUACUUUGCUGGCCUUCCUGAGGAUGCUAUCGACCUGUUGGAUAAGAUCUUGGUGCUAGAUCCAGACCGUCGGAUCUCUGUGGAAGAAGCCCUUCAACAUCCGUACAUGGCCCAAUACAGCAUGCCUUCGGAUGAACCGUUGGCUCCGGCCCCGUUUGUAAUUGAUGACGGGGAUUAUAAAAAGGAUGUAAAUUACUGGAAAGGUAAGAAUUCACUGUCUUUUUUUUACUUUUGGCAUUCAGCAAGAUAUUUUAUAUUAUCCACGAUGAUUUUUUGGCUAACUUAUUUGAAAGGUGGCUCAAUGUCCUUUAUUUCAACUAUUAUGAUAGAUUGUUGAAUAAUUCCGCAAAAACUCUUUACAAAGCGCUUUUAUUUUCCCAUUCAGCCCUAUUAUCUUAUACAUGAAUGUCAAGAACUGCUUUCCUAUUAGUCCCUGAGACCUUUUCCCUCCAAAAAACAAUGUCCAAAUUCAAUAUUAACUCGAAUGGAACGUCAUCUCCAAUCUGCCAAUUAGCUGGAUAUUCGAAUUUCUUUUAUCUUUUAUUUUCAGAGUGUGUUUGGAGUGAAAUCGAAGAGACCCGGAGCCCGGCCUUGGCCAAUGCCCUCUAG